CUUUUGCUCUUCACCAUCCAAACGAUCGUCCUUUUCUUUCUCUGCACCAACAAAAGAAGAAGAAAAAAGUUCUCUCUCCCUCUCUUGAUCACGACCGUCCAUUUUAAGUUUUUAAUGGAUAUGGCUUUGGGCCUUUCUCACCAGAUCGGAUCUCUCUGUGGGACACCGCUACCCACGUCGGAACCAGGCAGCGUCUCCGGCGACUCAACGACCGUCGCCCUGUGGAAAUCCCAGACACCGAACCUUCGCUGCCGGAUCAAAGGAGGCUCAGACGUCGACGCGCUUUCUCCGCCGGUGAGCCCCUGCCGUACGCCGUCGCCGGUGCUCGGCGGGAUCCGGCCGGAUUUGUCAGUGGCUUGUCAGGCUUUCGCUGCCGAUGUGAUGCCUGCGGAGGAGAUGUUGGACGGGGUGCUCAGGGAGUACAGGGAGGGGGGUGCGCAGGUUAAAAGGAAGGGGGUGCCGGUUUACGUGAUGCUGCCGCUGGACAGCGUGACGAUGGGGAAUACGGUAAACAGAAGGAAGGCGAUGAACGCAAGCCUGCAGGCGCUAAAGAGCGCUGGGGUGGAAGGGGUGAUGAUGGACGUGUGGUGGGGAUUGGUGGAAAGGGAAGCACCAGGGACCUACAAUUGGGGUGGUUACGCGGAGCUUAUGGAGAUGUGUAAGAAGCACGGCCUCAAGGUGCAAGCGGUCAUGUCCUUCCACCAGUGCGGCGGCAACGUCGGUGAUUCUGUCACUAUCCCCCUACCAAAAUGGGCGGUGGAAGAGAUCGACCGGGAUCCGGAUCUUGCAUACACGGACCAAUGGGGAAGGAGAAACUACGAGUACGUGUCCCUCGGCUGUGACACUCUCCCUGUGCUCAAGGGUCGAACCCCAGUCCAGUGCUACGGUGACUUCAUGCGUGCUUUCAGGGAUAAUUUCAAACACCUUCUGGGCGAUACCAUUGUGGAAAUUCAAGUAGGAAUGGGCCCAGCUGGUGAGCUUAGAUAUCCUUCAUAUCCAGAGCUGAACGGGACAUGGAAAUUCCCUGGCAUUGGAGCUUUCCAAUGCCAUGACAAGUACAUGCUCAGUAGCUUGAAAGCUGCUGCUGAAGCCAUAGGCAAGCCGGAAUGGGGAAAUGGAGGUCCGACCGACGCGGGUAGCUACAACAAUUGGCCUGAGGAUACCUCCUUCUUCUGCCGCGACGGUGGUUGGAACAGCACCUAUGGUGAGUUCUUCCUCACCUGGUACUCCCAAAUGCUACUCGAACAUGGGGAGCGAAUCCUUUCUUCAGCGGUGUCGAUCUUCCAAGGCUCCGGUGUCAAGAUAUCAGUGAAGGUAGCAGGCAUUCACUGGCACUACGGCACCCGUUCUCAUGCGCCUGAGCUCACUGCUGGAUACUACAACACCCGCCUGCGUGAUGGGUACCUCCCAAUUGCACGCAUGCUGGCCCGCCAUGGUGCUGUAUUCAACUUCACCUGUAUUGAGAUGCGGGACCACGAGCAGCCCCAGGAUGCACAGUGCGCGCCGGAGAAACUGGUCCAUCAGGUGGCUCUCGCGACGUGUGAGGCAGGUGUCCCGCUCGCAGGGGAGAAUGCAUUGCCUCGGUACGACGAAACUGCCCAUGACCAGAUCCUACGUGCAUCGUCGCUGAGCAUUGGUGGUGGGGAUGGGAAGGAGGACCGGGAGAUGUGUGCAUUCACGUACUUGAGGAUGAACCCCAACCUGUUCCAGCCCGACAACUGGAGGCAGUUCGUGGCAUUUGUGAAGAGAAUGGGAGAAGGGAGGGAAGCGAAGCGGUGCCGGGAGGAAUUGGAGCGGGAAGCUGAUUCGUCCGUGCACGCGACCCAGCCUCUGGUGCAAGAGGCUGCUGUUGCUCUGAUGAGCGGCUGAAGCGAAGGCUAUCUUCGCCGGUAAUCUUCUCCUCUUCUUUUUUCUCUUCUAGUGGGCCUGACCAAUACAAUAAAUGGAGGUGACAUUUAUUACCUUCUUCCAUACUAUUGUGGUAUUGGUCAGUGAGAAGAAGGGAUGAUCAUGGACGGUGGAGAUUAAUAGAUUGUGAGUAGGGAUAUGUAGAAUAUGUUAUAACGUAAAAUAAGCCCAGAUUCUUUUCUAAAAUACAUGGGCUUUCUAAUGCCAAAACUGAUGUUGUAGAUCUUCCCUUUAUUCUUCUGAAUGAAAUAAAUACUAGUAUUCCUAAGAAA